UGCGACUCCAGGAGCGAUCCCUGCACCGGGCUCUGCUCCCGAGUAAUUAAAUCGCUUUGCACAAAGGGUGGCUCAGCCGCCCCCGGCCAUCCAGGGGAGGAUAUAAAAUCCCUCUCCACGCCGGGAUUUUCUCACUGCCUCUCCCGACUCCUUCUCUCCGCCUCUCUGAGCUCUCCCCCGGCGAUGGCUUCCACCCAGCUGUCCUGUGCCACCCCCUGCGAGCCCAAGUGUCCCCAGCCUCUGGCCAGCAGCACCAACGAGCCCUGCGUGGUGACCUGCGGCGACUCGCGGGUCAUCAUCUACCCCCCGCCCGUGGUGGUCACCUUCCCGGGGCCCAUCCUCACCACGUACCCGCAGCAAACCGUGGUGGGAGCCUCGGAGCCCUCGGAGGUGGCCCUGGGCGAGUCCCCGGCAGCUCUGCCAGCCGAGGUCACCGCCAGGCUGGAGGCGGCGGGGGACAAAGUGGCAGCGCCGGUGCUGGCCCGUCCCGAGCCGCGCUGCGCCCCCAAAUAUUCCUACACCUACUCCUCGCAAUGGACUCAUCCCUGCAAUUCCUACCGCUCCGGGAAGCGCUGGACGUACUGAGCCUGGCGGGGGAAAUUCCAGCUGUCAUUCCAGAUGUCAUUCCAGAUGUCAUUCCAGAUGUCAUUCCAGAUGUCAUUCCAGAUGUCAUUCCAGAUGUCAUUCCAGCUGUCCUUUGGGGUUGGAGCUGCGGGGCUGCUCCGGCUCCUCCUGAGAGGAGCCCCCCGGGAGAGGCAGGCUCGUGUCGCAAUUCCUCGCGGGUUUUUUUUCCCCCUUAGUUUAGAGCUCUUCUCCCGCAGUUUUCCAGCGCAGUCCAUCUGCUCCCGCCGUGCUUUGGCUUAUCCCGGAUUUUUUACUGGCGCUGAGCUUAGAGAGGUGACUUAAAACGCUCGGAAUUGCACACGGCAAGGCUGCCAAAGAGGGAAAUUCCCCGUUUUUACAGGCAGCCUCGCCUGGAUGCGGGAGAUUUGCCAGAGCCUCGCUGAACGAUGCUUUUUGUACCCUGUACAGUUUUGUUCCACGAUUGUAGGAAAGCUUCUCUUUCCAAAUAAAUGUUCUGUACCAAAAUA